AUGGGAGCCACCCCUUUUCACCCCUCAAUCCUCAAGGUUUGGCUCCCGAGAAACUUCGACAAACCGACGGACAUGAGGUAUGAUGGGACCAAGGACCCCCAGGAGCAUGUCACAGCCUUUGAAGCAAGGAUGAACUUGGAAGGGGUAGGCGACGCGGUCAGAUGCCGGGCAUUCCCCGUGACACUGGCCGGACCAGCGAUCCGAUGGUUCAACGCCCUCCCACAGGGGUCCGUCACAACUUUCGCAGACAUAUCCCAGAGCUUUCUAGCUCGGUUCACGAUGCGCAUAGCCAAGGCAAAGCACCCAAUCAACUUAUUGGGGGUUACCCAAAAACCUGGGGGGCCGACUAGAAAGUUCCUAGAUAGGUUCAACGACGAGUGUUUGGAGAUCGACGGCCUCACGGACUUAGUCGCUAGCUUAUGCCUAACAAAUGGCCUGCUAAACGAAGACUUUAGGAAGCACCUCACAACCAAGCCUGUAUGGACCAUGCAGGAAAUCCAAAGCGUAGCCAAAGAAUACAUCAAUGAUGAAGAGGUCAGUCAGGUUGUAGCAGCCAAUAAACGGCAGCUCCCUAACCCGCCAGCCCGACAGGCCCCUCAAGUCGACAGGUACAAAGAAGCUCCCAGGGACGGCACCCUAAACAAGUUACCCAAGCAUCCACGGGUAGGAAGGUUCACGAACUACACGCCACUUACGGCGCCUAUAGUAGAAAUCUACCAACAAAUUGCACACAAGGGAAUCCUAUCCAGACCUAGACCAUUGAAAGAGAGAACGGGAGGCAACAAAAGCCUUUACUGUGAUUACCACAAGGGAUUUGGUCACAAAACACAAGACUGCUUCGACCUCAAAGAUGCCUUGGAACAGGCCAUCAGAGAGGGAAAGCUGAGCAAAUUCUCCCGGCUCAUCAGGGAACCGAGGAGGCGGGAAAGGGAACGCUCCGAGGAAGACCGGAGCCGAACUGUUAAGCCAAGACAAGAACCCACAUGGGAUGCCAGUAACCCCCCAACUUUUGUGGUCAACAUUGUGGUCGGGCGCGACAGCCCCCCUAAAUCCAAGUCGGCAGCGAAAAGGGACACCCGCAUACUCUCCAUCUCGACAGAUGGUCCCGCCGCCAACAAAAGGCAUCCCACAAUAUCUUUUGGCUCAGAAGAUAAAUGGUUCAAUGACCUCCCCGAAAACCCCCCCAUGGUAGUUACCGCAAUGGUCGGGACAGGACUGGUUAGGCGCAUCCUCAUCGACACGGGAGCCGAUUCUAAUAUCCUAUUUAGAAACGUAUUCGACGCCAUGGGGCUCAAGGAAUCCGACCUCAAAAAUCACCAGCAUGGAGUCAUGGGACUAGGAGAUAACUACAUCAAACCCGACGGGACGAUCUCCCUCCCAAUCAGCCUAGGAACCGGUGACACCAGGAAAUCGGUUAUGACAGACUUCGUAGUCCUCAGAGACUCCACUGCCUAUAACAUCAUCCUAGGGAGAAAAACUAUCAAUAAAUUCUCAGCUGUAAUAUGCACCAAGUUCCUAACAAUGAAGUUCAUAACGGACAAGGGAACAGUUGGUUCCAUAAGGGGAGACCUAGAGACGGCAGUUGCCUGCGACAACGCAAGUCUCUCCUUAAGGAAAGAAUCUAAGAGGGUAGCUGGCGUAUUCCUAGCAGAUUUGGACGUCAGGAUAGAGGACAAGCCAAGACAUGAACCAGAAGGGGACAUGAAAAAGUUCCAAAUAGGAAAAUCAGCAGAUCAGUUUACCUUCAUAAACAGGAACCUACCCCAUGAACUCAAGGGCCCCUCAUAG